GGAGUCUGCCCGCCUCGGGUUUCCGUGCUCGGCCGCGGCCAUGGCGGAGCCCACGGUGUGCUCCUUCCUCACCAAGGUGCUGUGCGCCAACGGCGGCCGCAUGUUCCUGCGGGACCUGCGCGGCCACGUGGAGCUCUCGGAGGCCCGACUCCGGGACGUGCUGCGCCAGGCCGGGCCCGACCGCUUCCUGCUGCAGGAGGUGGAGAUGAGGGAGGGCCUCUGGGACGCCGAGGCCGAGGCGGCGGCCGGCGCGGGCGGCGCGGGCGGCGCGGGCGGCGGCCCCUGCGCCUGGCGGGUGGUGGCCGUGUCCUCCGCGCGCCUCUGCGCCCGCUACCAGCGCGGCGAGUGCCAGGCCUGCGACCAGCUGCACCUCUGCCGCCGCCACAUGCUGGGCAAGUGCCCGAACCGCGACUGCUGGUCUACCUGUACCCUUUCCCAUGAUAUCCACACACCCGUCAACAUCCAAGUUCUGAAAAACCAUGGGCUUUUUGGCCUCAAUGAGGCCCAGCUUCGGAUCCUGCUUUUACAGAAUGACCCGUGCCUUUUACCAGAGGUGUGUUUGCUGUACAACAAAGGGGAAGCGCUGCAUGGCUACUGCAACAUGAAGGAGAAGUGCAACAAGUUUCACGUGUGCAAGUCCUUUGUCAGAGGGGAGUGCAGACUUCAGAAGUGCAAACGGUCCCAUCAGCUCAUUCAUGCCGCAGCCCUGAAGCUGCUGCAGGACCAAGGACUGAGUGUCCCAAGUGUCGUUAAUUUUCAGAUAAUCUCUACCUACAAGCAUAUGAAGCUGCACAAGGUGCUUGAAAGUCAAGGGAAUUCAGCUUCUGCUGAGUGUUCACAGGGCCUUGAGGAACCAGGAGUACACGUAGCCGGCGCUCCAGAGGCCAGCCCUCUGGUGCCCGGCCCCGCUCAGUCAGCCAAGAAACCACAUGCAGGUAAACCUUAAAGGACGUCAGUGAAAGAAGAAGCGUGUCCAACUAGAAGGUCUGAAAACAAAGCUGUUGAGCUUAAUUUGUAAGCUCGUUCAUUUCAUCAUUUUCCAGUCACGGUCGUAGUAGUACCUACCUCACAAGUUGUUGUAAAAUCAAAGAGGACGGUGGUCGGGGAUGUGGUUGGACGCUGAGCAGGCAGAGAGAAUAGGACGUGAGUAUGGUUGGGGUCGGUCCAGCGUGCACCGUGAAGAUGGCCCAUCCUGCCCGAAGUCCCCAAGAGCUUUCCCCAGGCCGGCGGGAGCUCCAAAAGGAGUGGGUUCUGCUGACUUGCUCUGUGACCCACCCAGGGUUUUUCCUAUGCGCCCAUAUACACAGUUUACAUAGUGGUAGUUCUAGAAUACGUACGCUUUGUACUCUUGUUUUCUCUUAAAGUUUCAUAAGCACCUUUCCCUAUUCGCAUUUUAUCACGUAUAAUCAUUUGAAUGCACGGAUACACUACCAGAUGAUCGCUUACUUCACUAUUUCCCUUAUUCUGGGAUAUUUCAAUUCUUUCUCACAAAUUUUGAAUAGGACUCUUAAAAUCCUUACCAUACUGAAUUUUUAAAUUUCUUCUUUUGCUUAGGCUUGUAGGUGCUAAAGGAUACUGUCUUUUUGGUUUGCGUUUCUUUAAGUGUAUGCAAGUGAGUAUUUUCCUGUGUGUGUUUUCUGUAUGUCUUAUGUGGUGCGUUUCGUGUUUGCCCUUCAGUUCCUGGGGCCCUCCUCUGUGCUGAUAUGGCAUGGCUUUCGAUGAGGUUCCUCGAUUUUCACGAGAGGAUAUCACUUGUACCGUGCUCAUAUGAUACCCACCUCUGUGGAUCCGUCCUCAGCCACUACCAUAGCUUUAUAACUUUUGAGUGCUCACCAAAGAUUUCUACCUCACUCUGUCCACUCUUCGUUUUUUAUUAAAUUUCUUUGCCAAAGCUCCAUUGCUACCGGUUAAACAGUAUGUUGUUCCUCUGUUCCUCAAAGUCAUAUCUCUUUCUGUGGUUCAGGAGAGACCAUCAGAAACCUAUAUACCUCACCCAUUUCACGUUGCCUUUAUCUCCCGUCUCCACCCCGGCCAGCUUCCUUCAUCCAGUUAAGCUCAGAUGUUUGGUUCUUUGUUGUCAUUGAGGGGUACAGAGAAGCACCAUCAUGAGAUCUGUUUCUGGGUUUCCUGUUGUGAUAUCCCCAAAUGUCAGUGUGUAAAGUUUUGUUUGUUUGUUUUUAAGUUUAACUUUCCUGCGGUAACACAUUUGAGAAAUAGGGACAAGGGUAGUGAGUUUUUCAUAAAGCUGAAUUAAUUUAGUUUAGAAGCAUGUUUUAUCAUGAAAUGCCGUCUUCUCUGUUGGGGAAGGUGUGCAGAAACAUCCUUUUCAGAGUGAGAAAUUGCUGUGUUUUCUCCUCAUGGACAAUAAGAGUCACGCGGUUAAUCUUUUCACUUUGGUUGUCCACAGCAGUAUUUCUGAAAGCCCUUCUGUUCUGCAUACCUUGUUUCCUUCUUCCUAGUUCUGAUUUUUCCUGGUGCUAUUUUUUUUACAAAAUUAUUUUUACAUUUUAUUAUUAUUAUUUAUAUUUUAUCCUUUCACUAUGUGUAUUUUUGCUAUAAGCCAUCUAAAAUUCUUUUUUAAUUUUUCAUUAAAUUUUUUUAGCCGUCUUAAAUUCUUAAUGGAAAGUGUAGGGUAUAAAUGUAUAUCCUGUCUAUUAAGAGACUUGGUGGACUUUUACAGUAUUGUGUUUUUUUUAUACAUCUUCUAAUUAUGCUUUUAUGUGCAGUUAUUAGCCCUCUGUAAUCUCUGUUACAAUAUUUUAUGUACAGUAAAUACAUAGGGAAUGUAUAAUAUUCCCUUUAAAGCUUAGUUCUGGGGGCGCCUGGGUGGCGCGGUCGGUUAAGCGUCCGACUUCAGCCAGGUCAUGAUCUCGUGGUCUGGGAGUUCGAGCCCCGCGUCAGGCUCUGGGCUGAUGGCUCGGAGCCUGGAGCCUGUU